CAGUCUCCCUCCUCCAGUCCAGAGAGCCGCCGAAGCCGAAUCUCUUCCUCUUUUGUUAUCUUCUUCUUCCAGUCUUCCUCUUCCUCUUCGUCUUUGUUCUGCAGCACAGAGCCCGCGCCCCUUGUGGUCUUCCUUCCCUCUUCCAGUCUUCGCCGCAUCUGCUUUCAGUUUUCCUCUCCCUCUUCCAUUCCCCGCGCAUGGUGUUCCUCUUGCUCCUAGCUGGACAGGCAUUCGUCUCCGCGCUCUGUCUCUGCUCAAGUUGUCCUCUUCGGUUUUCCACCUGUCUCAUAUUGGGAGCCAGCCAUGGCGAUCUUUACGCUUCCCUUGGUCAUUUCUGUUCUCAAGCCUCAUGCAAUUGACCUCGCUCUCCUCCGUGCGCGGAAGUUAAACCCUGGCUGGCUGUGUAAGCCACUGCUGAGCCUCCGGAACUUCAACGGAGCAUCUGUCUCUGCCAUUAGUACCUCCGCAAUUCAAGAGCAUUCGUCAACUGACCCUAACAGGGGGCCUCAAAAAGCCUCUGUUCACACCUUUCAACAAGCAAUUCAGCGGCUCCAGGAAUAUUGGGCUUCUGUUGGAUGUGCUGUUAUGCAAUGCAGCAACACAGAGGUUGGAGCAGGGACAAUGAAUCCUCUGACAUUUUUAAGGGUCCUUGGACCAGAACCGUGGAAUGUAGCGUAUGUGGAGCCUAGCAUACGUCCUGAUGAUAGUCGGUAUGGGGAAAAUCCAAACAGACUUCAAAGGCACACUCAAUUUCAGGUUAUAUUGAAACCUGAUCCUGGAAAUUCACAGGACCUCUUCAUCCGUAGCCUUUCUGCUUUAGGUAUUGAUGUGCGUGAACAUGAUAUACGAUUUGUGGAGGACAAUUGGGAAAGCCCGGUACUCGGUGCCUGGGGUUUGGGCUGGGAGAUAUGGAUGGAUGGGAUGGAGAUCACACAAUUCACCUACUUCCAACAGGCUGGGAGUCUUCAGUUGUCACCAAUAUCCGUUGAAAUCACUUACGGACUUGAGCGCAUACUUAUGUUGCUUCAGGGAGUUGAUCAUUUUAAGAAAAUUCAGUAUGCUGAUGGAAUUACUUAUGGGGAGCUGUUUUUGGAAAAUGAGAAGGAAAUGAGUGAAUAUUAUCUAGAAUGUGCCAGUGUUCAUCAUCUUCAAAAACAUUUUGACCUUUUUGAGGAAGAAGCUCGUUCACUUCUUGCCGCAGGCCUUGCGAUUCCUGCGUAUGAUCAGCUUCUGAAGAUGUCUCAUGCUUUCAAUGUCCUCGACUCUAGAGGCUUUGUUGGGGUCACAGAGCGUGCUCGUUAUUUUGGUCGAAUGCGUAGUUUAGCUCGGCAAUGUGCGCAACUGUGGUUAAAGACCCGCGAAUCUCUUGGACAUCCACUGGGUAUUGUUUCUGAAGCUGCUGAUCUUGUUUGUACGAAAGAAGUUUUGGAUGCUAAUAUCAAAAAGCUUGUAUUUUUUUUUGCUACUAGAAGUAGAUCACCUAUUAGGUCAUGGAGAGUCUUUUUUCCUCGUUCUUUAUCUGGUCAAAAUCCAUAUGGCCUAAGGCUUGUUUCAUAUUUUCAGAUGUGUGUUGAGGAUCUCUCUGCUAAGCAAGCAGAGAAUGUGGUUGAGGUACGGGGACCUCCUACUUCAAAAGCAUUUGAUGACGAAGGAAAUCCUACCAAGGCUGUUGAAGGUUUUUGCCGUAGAUUGGCUGUUCCACUUGACUCAUUAUUUUGCAAGGUUGAUGGGAAGACAGAGUAUGUCUAUGCAUGCGUGACAGAGUCGACUAGACUUGCCUUGGAGGUUUUAUCUGAGGAGUUGCCAACUGCCAUUGCCAAAAUAUCAUUCCCAAAAUCAAUGCGCUGGAAUUCUCAGGUCAUGUUCAGCCGACCUAUUCGGUGGAUUAUGGCUCUACAUGGAGAUGUGGUUGUUCCAUUUGCAUUUGCUGGAAUUAUGAGCGGAGAUGUAUCAUAUGGUCUUCGUAAUACUCCAUCCGCCACCAUGAGGGUGCAAUGUGCUGAAGCUUAUGGGGAUCUAAUGAAUAAUGCUGGAAUUAACUUUGGAAUUGAGGACCGAAAAACAACAAUUCUGAAGCACUCAAAUGAAUUAGCCAAAAGUGUCAAUGGGCAUGUUGUUCUUCAGGACAGCUUGGUUAAUGAGGUCAUAAAUCUUGUUGAGGCACCUGUUCCAGUACUUGGGAAAUUUAAAGAAUCCUUCUUAGAGCUUCCAGAAGAUCUGUUAACUAUGGUUAUGCAGAAGCACCAGAAGUAUUUUGCUCUUACUGAUGAUAAUGGAAGACUUUUACCAUAUUUCAUUGCUGUCGCAAAUGGAGCAAUCAAUGAGGAGGUAGUGAGAAAGGGAAAUGAAGCUGUACUCAGGGCUCGCUAUGAAGAUGCCAAGUUUUUCUAUGAGAUGGAUACGCGUAAGAGAUUUAGGGAAUUUCGUAGUCAACUGAAAGGAAUUCUUUUCCAUGAAAAGCUUGGAACAAUGCUGGACAAAAUGAUCCGUGUUGAAAACAUGAUCACCAAACUAAGUUUGGCUUUGGGAAUCAAAGAAGAAAUGCUUCAGCUCAUCAAGGAUGCUGCAUCUCUUGCUAUGUCCGAUCUUGCCACUGCAGUUGUCACAGAAUUCACUUCACUUGCUGGAAUAAUGGCCCGUCAUUAUGCUCUUAGAGAUGGCUAUUCAAAAGAGGUUGCAGAGGCCUUGUUAGAGAUCACACUUCCCCGAUUUUCUGGAGAUUUGCUUCCGAAAACUGAUGUGGGGAUAGUUUUGGCAAUAGCUGAUAGGUUAGAUAGUCUUGUUGGCCUCUUUGCUGCUGGUUGUCAACCUAGUUCUACUAAUGAUCCAUUUGGCCUGAGAAGAAUCUCUUAUGGUCUUGUCCAAAUAUUGGUGGAGCAGGAUAAAAAUAUGGACUUGAAACAUGCUCUGGAGUUUGCUGCUGAUGUACAACCAAUUGAUGUUGAUUCAGGCAUAUUAGAAGAUGUAUACCAAUUUGUUACCCGGAGAUUAGAGCAAUUUCUGAUUGACAAGGGAAUAAAUCCAGAGAUUAUGCGUUCUGUCCUCGCGGAGCGUGCAAACUUGCCUUGUCUAGCAGCAAGAACAGCCUCUAAAAUGGAAACUUUGUCUAGGGGUGAGCUUUUUCCAAAGAUUGUAGAAGCAUAUUCUCGUCCAACCAGAAUUGUCCGCGGAAAAGAUGUGGAUGUUGAAUUGAAGGUGGAUGAGGCUGCAUUUGAGACAAAUGAAGAGGUUGCUCUGUGGAGCACUUUUACGGCAAUUGAAAACAACGUUUACCCAGGUAUGGUUGCUAAUUUUGCUUCUAUUCGUCAUCUUUUAUCUCAUAAUCUUGAAUUUAUCAACGGAUCGGAACAUUAAUUGCAGGAUGAUGAAAGAAUCAGAAAGAACAGACUUGCUCUACUCAAGAAAAUUGCUGACCUCCCGAAAGGCAUAGCAGACCUCUCUGUUCUGCCAGGAUUUUAGAAGUUUUGGAGAUCAUUUUCACCUCUACUCGUGUAGAGUAAAUUUAUUUAUUCAAUUUUGGGUUGAGUUCGGGUGGUAUUAUUUAUCUACUUUCAGUUCAAACUUGGGAAUAUUUAAAUCAUAAAAUAUUCUUAAUUGUAAACUAGCAUAAUUUUUUCAUGUUUUGUAACCUCAAUGUCAAUAAACAGACCCUUCUCGAUUACUAAUUUUCUUUUAGAAGUAACACUGUCGGGUGCUGAA